AUACAUUCGAAGAAGUACCGCUAUUGCUUCACAGGUGCGUAUUUAGAAUUGGUGCUAAAUGGGUACAAAAAUUGUUUCGAACUUGUAUACAAAAUUCUACAUAUAUUGCUAUUCAUUGUAUUGUUAGUAGUUACAAAGUUCUUAAAACCUUGUAUACAACAAUAUAUUGAAAAUUUACUGUAUGAAUAUAUAGACCUGGUGGAUUUUUUGCGACGUACACAUUUGAAAUAGGACUCGCAAACAUUCGCACCAACUUUGCAUACAUCAUCAAAAUAUUUGCCCUUGCUCUUUCAUUUAUUAAUAUUUUUAUAUGCGAAUGAAAUAGUAAUAAUAAUAUACAUUAAAUUUUUUAUAUUAAUAAUAAUAUACAUUAAAUAAUAAUAAAGAGAUCAAUUCACGAUGUUGCGAAGAUAUCGAUUGUUGCCGAAACAAUAAUACAUGUAAUUUCAAACUGCACGCUUGUGUUUACCAUUAUUUGCGAAGUAGUAGCAGAGGAGCACGUGUACCGCUAAGUUGAAUGAAUAAGAAUUUAAUGUUCUAAUCAUUGAGAGAAGGUGUAAAUUGAAUGAAAGCAAAAUGGAUAUUUUCAACUUACUUAAUUCAAAAGAUACAUUACAAAGGAGAGUAUUAGCAGCCCCAUCGAGUCGAAAGCACGUUCCAAAAGAUAUGUCCUUAUUAGAUGCAAAAUUAAACUUUAGUGCAAAUGGACCAUGUCCAAGCGGAACAGAUUAUGUGAAAGAAUAUGUACAAAAAGAGGAAGAUGAACUCUUAGAGUCAGCAAGUUGUUACAAUGUAGGUGGUACAAAUAAUCUUGAACUUAUAUCGCAAGGUACAGUACCCUUACAAGAUGCAAAUAUUGAGGAAACAUUGAAAAUUUAUUCAACUUAUGACUUUGCUUACAAUCCAAAGCCUGGUUUAAUAAUUAAUUCUAAUAGAACUGAAAUAGUAUCUAUGAUUGAAACAAAUUCAGUUGUAGUAAUUCAAGGUCCAACAGGUUGUGGUAAAACUACACAGGUACCACAGUUCAUUUUAGAUUCUUGUUACAAAAAGAAGCUUCACUGCAAUAUCAUAGUUACACAGCCUAGAAGAAUUGCUGCUAUAAGUAUUGCAAAACGUGUUAGUCAAGAAAGAGAUUGGCCAGUAGGCAGUCUUGUUGGGUAUCAAGUGGGUUUGAUAAAUCACACAUGUAAAGAUACACGUUUGACAUAUUGUACAACUGGUGUACUUUUACAUAAAUUAAUUAAUGCAAAAAAUAUGUUGGACUAUACACAUGUCAUACUUGAUGAAGUUCAUGAAAGAGAUCAGGACAUGGACUUUCUACUGCUUCUUGUUAGAAAAUUAUUACGUACAAAUUCACGUUCUGUGAAAGUAAUUCUAAUGUCUGCUACAUUUCAAGUGGAUAGGUUUGCUAAAUAUUUUUCCUCGCCUGUUGGAAAUAAACUUACAUCUGCCCCUAUUGUUGAUAUUGAAAAGAAAAGUUAUUUUAAUAUUACAGUUUUUUAUCUCGAUCACUUGGAUGCACUAGGGCAAUUACCUCCAGUUUCUGCUAGUGAACCAACUAUUUCAAAUAGAAUGCUCGAGUUUUCUGUUAAUCUUAUAAAAAUUCUAGAUGACAUAGAUAUGAAAGCUGAUGAUGCAAACUAUGAUCCAGAAACUAACACCUAUGAAAGACACGUAAUUCUCGUAUUUCUACCCGGUAUCCACGAAAUUGAAGAAAUGCAUAAUUUGUUGUCCUUACCAAAACACGAAAAGGCGAAAUGGGAUAUAGUAAUAUUACAUUCAUCAGUUACAAAUGAAGAACAACAACGAAUUUUUCAAAAACCUCCACAUGGUUACCGUCGCGUUAUUUUAUCUACUAAUAUUGCUGAAAGCAGCAUUACCGUGCCUGAUGUUAAAUACGUCAUUGAUUUUUGCUUAACAAAACAACUCGUCAUUGAUCCAAGAACCAAUUUUCAAUGUUUAGAACUAAAAUGGGCAAGUAAAGUGAAUUGUGAACAGAGAGCAGGUCGUACAGGUCGAGUAAUGGAUGGAAGAGUAUACAGAUUGGUGCCACAAAUGUUUUACGAUACCAUAUUACCUCGAGAAGCAUCUCCGGAAAUGUUACGUUCUCCGCUGGAAAAUUUAAUUUUGAAAGCAAAGUUAUUAGACAUGGGAGAACCAAAAGCUAUUUUAGCACUUUCCCUUGACCCACCAGAUCUAGGUAAUUUAGAAAGGACCAUAUUAUUAUUAAAAGAAGCAGGCGCACUACUUAACAAGACUAAUGAAAUACAACAAUUUGAUGGAGAGCUAACAGAUCUUGGUCGAAUCAUGGCUAACUUGCCAGUAAAUAUUCACGUAUCGAAACUGAUCAUGUUGGGCCACGUUUUUAGCGUUCUAAAGGAUACCAUUAUUAUCGCUGCAUGUAUGACUGUUAAAGAUUUAUUCAAUAAUCCCUUUCAACAAAAAUUACUAGCGUACGAUGCUAGACUCAGCUGGGCUGCUGGCUCUUGCAGUGAUUGCAUUGCAUUCAUGACCGUGUACAAAGUAUGGAUCAGUGAAAAGGCAAAUCGUCGGAUAACCAACGAUGCCGCAGAAAGGAAAUGGGCGUGGAGAAAUUUUGUACAGAUUCGAGUACUCCGAGAAGUGAAAGCACUCGUGACAGAAUUAACUUCUCGAUUAGAGAAAUUGGGAGUUCAAGAAAGUGCCGGCGUCAAUAAAGUUGUUUGGAAAGAAACAGAGCGGCCGUACGUUUUAAAAAUUGCCAUUGCUGGUGCAUUCUAUCCGAACUAUUUCCUUAAACAUGCACCUGAAGAUCAAUUAAGUAAAGAUACCGGAGUGAGAUUAUUAGGUGGUCUAGAUCCAUUGAGAACAGUAUAUUUACAAGGUUGGCCUUUGAAACAACCUGGACUUCUAUACGCCAGUAGAAUUCAAGAUAUUUUUAAGGAGCAUUUAAUGUCUUCCAAUGGAAAAGUAAAGGUGUCUUUUGAUUCAUCUAGCCGAGUAUAUGUUCAGUUUAUCAACGACGAUUCGUCUAAAUUUCAAUCUAAUAAUACUUCAAGAAGAAUAUCUCCUUCUGUCUACAAGGCUGUAAGAAUGAGGCAAUGUAAUAUCCCUAUAGAAAUACCCAUUUUGCAUGAAGACAUAGCUAUGCAGCAAGCAGAAGAAAUGAAAUUAAAUAGAACAUCCUAUUUCAUGAAUGAAAAAUUUGUGAAAGAUAAAACUAAAGCUGAAUUGCCUGGUCUACGAGUGUCCCGUAUACCUGUGGUAAUGCAGCAUAUAAAAAGUCCUGGUCAUUUCUGGGUGCAAAUGUAUGACUCUUCCAUAAAACAUCAAUUAAAUGCUAUAAAUUCAGCAAUUUCCAUGCCAUAUAAUUUAGAGUCACUCAAUGAAGCUCCAGAAACUGGUUCGAUUGUGAUCGCGCCGUAUGAACAGAAUAAUUGCAGAACAUAUUUUAGAGCAGUUGUUGAAGGUCACGUGACGUCACCAGAAAUAUUGGUGCAAGUAUUUUUCAUUGACUAUGGUUAUUCGAGUGAAUAUCGAUUGUGCGACUUAAGACGUCUAAAAAAUGAUAAAAGUAUUUCUAGUAUCCCAGCACUGGCUAUGGAAUGUGUUCUAGCAAAAAUUCGACCGUCAGUAGUACAUAGUUUAAAUGACGAUUGGUCAGAAGCAUCAUUAAAUUUUUUCUGGACUUUAAUUAACAAGCCUGGUCGACUUUAUGGCGACAUUUAUUCUAUCGUUAGUAACAUUAUUUCAUUGGAAUUGAUACACGUGAACGAAGAAAGAGAAGAAAUUAAUGUCAAUGAAGUUCUUGUCGACAAAGGUUUUGCGAUAAGAAAAGAAGAAGACUACUUUUCACGCUUUAAUCAUAAUAUAAGAAUGCAACAGGCAGAUCUGUCAGACGAGCAGUGUCAUCACUAUGAGAAAUUACAGUAUGAUGAAGAUUAUAUACCGGAUGUUUAUCCAGAUCCACCCCCAAUUUCUGAGUGUUACACGACGGCAAAAUUACGAGGCCCAUUUUCACCGUUAGAAGUCGAUUUAAUUCAUCUGACUGUGGCUGGUAGAAACAAAAGAGUAAAUAUGGCUUUAAAUUCUGUAAAUUCUGCCCUUCUAGAUAGCAAUUUAGAAGGUGACUACCAAAGACUCUUAGUAGCUGGAUCGGUGUCACAAAAUAUACAUGGUAGUAAUUUGACGUUAUAUAAUACAACAUUGAUGCCGCACAUUCCUGGGUUAACUUCUCUGGUUGUAUUAAUGUUUACUCCGUUCAUGGAAUUACGAAGAAACAGUUUUGGAACUUAUUACGUUGGUGCACUGUGCGGAUUAGGAUUUGAUCCUAAUACCAGGAAAAGUAUUUUUCCAGAACACGAUAUAGAGCUUAAAUUUGAUGCUGAAAUUACCAUAGAUGAUUUACAACUUAUAAAUAGAGUGCGCCAUUGGAUGAACGUCGGAAUGCAAAUUAAUCAGCAUUAUGAAAGUAGUGACAAUAUGGAAGAAAUGAUCACCUGCCAAAAUCGAAUUAAAGAUGCAUUGCUGAAAUUAAUUGAUAAACAAAGAAAACUGCAAUCUUUUGAAUUAAUUCAUAAUUUUGAUAAAUGGGAUUUAUACGACGAGUCCCUGUUCCUUCGACCUAAACAGCCGUAUCUGAUCCAUAAUAACAUCUAUAGAUUACAUACCGCAUUGCGCUUGGACGAAGAAAUGAAUGAACAACAAGAACUUACGGAGCACGUGAAAUAUUUACGAAGUCUAACAAAUGAGGAGCCCAACAAACAAGAAAACGCUAAAAUCUUUUGUAAAUUAUGUAAAGAUACAAUAUAUGAUAUUUUUGAUCUUCGUGCGCACUUGUAUUCCAUGAAACACAGACGAAACGAAGAAAUAUUAGGGAUUCGGAUUUAAACCAAAUAUAACGAAAGAUAUUACUUAUUAGGAGUCACUUUAUACAACUGACAAUUAAUAACAAAUACCUGAUAAAUUAAUUUUAUUUUUAUGUAAAGCAGUUUUGUUUACAUAUUGUUAUGUUGUUUCGUAAAGACUUAUUCUUCAGUUUUGUGCGUAAAGAGUUAAAUGCUUUUGUGAUAAAAUAGUAUUAUAACAAUAGUAAUCUAUUUUUAUUUAAUGAUGUACUAUAAGUAUCUAAAUUAAAAGAUAUAUAAAUAAAACUGUUACAUUUAUUGAUGAAGCAACGUAUCUACAUAUUUUAUAUUUAUACAAUGUUUACAUAGUACAUACCACGUUUAGUUAAUGACAUAUAAAAUACGUUUUAUUUUAAUUUUUUAUACGGAUCGGAUAAACAGC